AUGAAGUUCCGCUUAUCUUCUGAUACAUUUCCCGAGAUAGAUUUAGCCAAAGAAGAUAUGGAGAACAUGGAAACUAUGGCUGCAUCUAUCGUCGACGCUGCAAUCGAUGUAUUUGAGCGUUUACAGCUAAGCAAAAGUGAAAUGUUUGCCAAGCGAUGGAAGCCCAUUAAACGCAUUUCAGACGUCACGUUGUACGAAGACAGUUCGAUGCGUCAGCGUGUGAAGAAAAAAACGAUAUUAAAUGGAGCUAGCGGCAUUUAUCCACUUAUGGCUCACGGCACAACACCAGGUGAACUCAAUGAGAUUAUGUUUGGGUUACUAAAUCCAACUCGUGAAGAAAUGCUGGCGAUAUCUGCGUGUACUGGUAGUUACAUAACAGAUUGUGCUGAGCUGGCAUCAAUUAUAACCCCGACAUUAAAGAAUCCAUUACGAUCACUACAAAUUAAAUGGUCACUUUUGGAAAAAGGACCAACGUUGGCUAGUUACUUGAUUCGUCCACGGGAUUUUGUGUAUCUCGAGUCGACGGGAAUUGCACUUGACAGUUCUGGGCAAUAUGUUGGAUACAGUUUAUUUCACUCCGUUACAAUUACAGGUGUGCGUGAACUUCAUGAGUAUCAAAUUGUACGUGCACACAUGUCAUUCUGCCGAUUAUUUCGUCAAAAAAGUGAAGGUCAAAUUGAGACUUUUAUGACGGGAUGCGUCGAUGCUAUGGGGUAUUGGGACCAGAUCUAUACAAGUAUUGUCAUGACCCAAAUUGCCAACACUUUGCUUACUUUUCAACGACUGUUGUUAAAUGGAAGGAUGAAAAAACUGGCAUGGAUGUUGCGAACUAAAAAAAACUUUGAGGAUUCCAGCAAUAAAUCUUCCAACGUAUGUAAUUCAUGUGGUCGUCACAUUGGAUGUUUUUCGUAUCGAUGGCGAAAUUGCAAAUUAUGCAGCAAUGUCUUGUGUCCACAUUGUCGUGUGCCUUUACGAGUAGCAUGGAAGUUUUGUGACAAUCGCAAGAUGCUUUUAAAAGCAAAGAUUACGAAAUCAAAGACUCAGCUUGAAAAGACGUUCUUAUGUCGUCUCUGUCUCUGGAAAAUCGAUCGAAUCGAUGCAUUAGAUGUGGCAAAUGACAUGAUUGGUCGCACUCUCCCGUUAUUGGUAUCUGAAGUUGGUGUAGCUACUACCUCAGCCACAUCAAUUUUUUCGCUUAUCAAUUCCGAUCGUUUUGACCGCGAUUGCUUCUUUCACAUAUAG